AUUGAAAAAAAUACCUGAAUUUAAACAUGUAAUCGAAAUCAAACAACUUUUCUGUUAAAAAAUAAAUAAAACAGUUCUUACAUUUAUUUUCCUGGGUUGUGGGUUUACAGUAAUUGACAACACGGUGUAAUGUAAUGACGUGUGUGGGUGGCGCUAGUAAAGACAUUUUGGAGGGAUUAAUGAAAAUGGCUCCAGCUAUGUACUUGGAAAUUGGUUUCCUCAUCGCUAGCUAGAAGCUAGCUUCAGCAGAAGUAAAACGUGGCUUGCUGAGGAGGUCGCUGAAACGAUAAGCGAAAGAUGCAGAGGGAUGUUUCGAGCUACGCCAUUGCGCCGUCUGUCAAAGUGAAACUCCUCAAUGCUGGGUUUCUUUCUGCUGCAGACCUGUGUGACUUGCGACCUCUCCAACUCAGCAAAGAGGCCUGCAUCUCCCAGGAGGAGGCAGUAGAGGUGCUGCAGGCUGUGAGGUGUGAGCCUGGCCAGGAGAGAGCAGCAGCAGGCAGGCUGACAGCCCUGGAGCUUCUGGGGAGAGAGCAGGAGCUGGGCACUAUAGUCACUUUCUGCUCAGCACUGGAUAUGGCCCUGGGAGGGGGCAUGCCAGUAGGAAAGACUACUGAGGUCUGCGGGGCGCCUGGGGUGGGAAAGACCCAGCUCUGUAUCCAGUUGUCAGUAGAUGUGCAGAUCCCUGCGUGUUUUGGGGGGUUGGGAGGCAAGUCUCUGUACAUAGACACAGAGGGCAGCUUCCUGGUCCAGAGGGCUGUGGACCUAGCGCAGGCAGCUGUGGAGCACUGUGGGCUUCUAGCAGAGGAUUCAGAACAGCAGGAAGCCUUGAAGGGGUUCACUGUGGAAACAAUCCUCUCCAAUUUAUUCCUUGUCCGUUGCCAUGACUACGUGGAGCUGUUGGCAGAGACAUACCUCCUGGCUGACUUCCUGGCUCAGCACCCUGGGGUCCGGCUGGUGGUGAUUGACAGCAUUGCCUUCUCGUUUCGCCAUGACUUUGAGGACCUCUCCCAGAGGACCCGCCUCUUGAACGGCCUCGCCCAGCGGCUCAUCCAGAUGGCCACCAAUCACAACGUCGCGGUCAUUCUUACCAAUCAGAUGACUACAAAGAUUUGGAGUGGCCAAUCGAAGCUUGUUCCUGCCUUAGGUGAGAGCUGGGGUCACGCUGCUACACAGAGACUCAUCCUACACUGGGACGGCACACACAGACUUGCAUCCCUGUACAAGUCACCCAGCCAAAGGGAGGCCACAGUACCCUACCAGAUCACUGGUCAAGGCUUUCGAGACGCACCCCCCUCAGACCAACCAAAGACCUCAGAUGACCCCUCUGUGAGACAAUCGGGAAGCUUGAGCAAGCGUCCCCGGACGGAAGAGGACCAAUCUACAAGAACAUAGGGAAACGAGUGGUUUUAGACCAUGAAUGUGAAAUAUUGUUUUGUUUGAAUGGUAUUAUACUCUUGUCUGCACAUUUUGUUGCUGAAUAUUUUGCUCAACACAAUGUACAGUAUUUACACUGAGUUGAAAUACAAUAUUUGCCUCUGUCAA